AGAGUAACCAUUCUUUCAGGCAUUCACACUCCAUUAUUGGCCCCAUCGGCCCCCUGGUGUGCACACUUUCUACUCCCAUCGGCACGCAGAGCCCGGGAGCCGCCCCCCGCCCCCCAGGGACCGUCCCCCCGCCCGGGGCCGGCGGACUCGCCGCGGCUCGGCUCACUGGCGGGCGCUGGUUGCGUCAUCGGGACGCGACAUUGCAGCAACACCGGUGGAGACUUGAAGUGCCGGCAGCUGCAGGAGCGGAAGCCGGAGCCGGCUGAGCUGCCCGGUGCGCACCGCGAGGGCGAGAGCGGCUGCGGGACGCUGCUCGGGCCCGGAGCACCGCGACAGGUGCGUCGUCGCUCUCUCCGCUGGACCCGGCGCGACGCCGGCAGGUUGUCUAACUCCCCGGAGCUCCAGGAUUCGCCCUGAGAAAUGGGCCCGGCUCGUGCCGGCACAUGAUUUGGGAGUUACCUCUUGUGACAUGGAUGAAUCUGCACUGACCCUUGGCACAAUAGAUGUUUCUUAUCUGCCAAAUUCAUCAGAAUACAGUGUUGGUCGAUGUAAACAUGCAAAUGAGGAAUGGGGUGAAUGUGGUUUCAGACCUACUGUCUUCAGAUCUGCAACCUUAAAAUGGAAAGAAAGCCUAAUGAGCCGGAAAAGGCCAUUUGUCGGAAGAUGUUGUUAUUCCUGUACUCCUCAGAGCUGGGAUAAGUUUUUCAACUCCAGUAUCCCAUCUUUGGGUUUGCGGAAUGUUAUUUAUAUCAAUGAAACUCACACAAGGCACCGAGGAUGGCUUGCAAGACGUCUUUCUUAUGUGCUUUUUGUUCAAGAGCGAGAUGUCCAUAAAGGCUUGUUUGCCACCAGUGUGGCUGAAAAUGUACUGAACAGCAGUAGAGUACAAGAGGCAAUUGCACAAGUGGCUGUUGAAUUAAACCCCGAUGGUUCUGCUCAGCAGCAGUCAAAAGCCAUCAAUAAAGUGAAAAAGAAAGCCAAGAGGAUCCUUCAAGAAAUGGUUGCCACUGUCUCACCAACAAUGAUCAGACUGACGGGAUGGGUGCUGCUCAAAUUGUUCAACAGCUUUUUUUGGAAUAUUCAGAUUCAUAAAGGCCAACUUGAGAUGGUUAAAGCUGCAACUGAGAUGAAUUUGCCACUUAUAUUUCUACCAGUUCACAGAUCACAUAUUGACUAUCUUCUGCUGACUUUCAUUCUCUUCUGCCAUAACAUCAAAGCACCGUACAUUGCUUCAGGCAACAAUCUUAACAUUCCCAUUUUUAGUACCUUGAUCCAUAAACUUGGGGGCUUUUUCAUACGACGGAGGCUUGAUGAAACGCCAGAUGGACGGAAGGAUAUUCUCUAUAGAGCUUUGCUCCAUGGGCAUAUAGUGGAACUACUUCGACAGCAGCAGUUCUUAGAGAUUUUUCUGGAAGGCACACGGUCUAGGAGUGGGAAAACCUCCUGUGCUCGGGCAGGACUUUUGUCUGUUGUGGUAGAUACUUUGUCUACGAAUACCAUCCCAGACAUCUUGAUAAUACCUGUUGGAAUCUCCUAUGAUCGUAUUAUCGAAGGUCACUACAAUGGCGAACAGCUGGGAAAACCUAAGAAGAAUGAGAGCCUUUGGAGUGUAGCUAGAGGAGUUAUCAGAAUGUUACGAAAAAACUAUGGAUGUGUCAGAGUGGAUUUUGCACAACCAUUUUCCUUAAAGGAAUAUUUAGAAAGCCAGCGUCAGAAGCCUGUAUCUGCUCCCCUCUCCCUGGAACAGGCGUUGUUACCAGCUAUACUUCCUCUACGACCCAGCGAUGCUGAUGAAGGUGCAGACACGUCCGUUAAUGAGUCCAGAAAUGCAACAGAUGAAGCCUUACGAAGGAGACUGAUUGCAAAUCUGGCUGAGCAUGUUCUGUUCACUGCUAGCAAGUCCUGUGCCAUUAUGUCCACACACAUCGUGGCCUGCCUGCUUCUCUACAGACACAGGCAGGGAAUUGAUCUCUCCACAUUGGUGGAGGACUUCUUUGUGAUGAAGGAGGAAGUCCUGGCUCGUGAUUUUGACCUGGGCUUCUCAGGAAACUCCGAAGAUGUAGUCAUGCACGCCAUACAGCUGCUGGGAAAUUGUGUCACAAUCACCCACACCAGCAGGAACGAUGAGUUUUUUAUUACUCCCAGCACAACUGUCCCGUCAGUCUUUGAACUCAAUUUCUACAGCAAUGGGGUGCUCCAUGUCUUCAUCAUGGAGGCCAUCAUAGCCUGCAGCCUUUACGCAGUUCUGAACAAGAGGGGCUCGGGAGGGCCUGCGGGGCCGUCCCCCAGCUUGGUCAGCCAGGAGCAGCUGGUGCGGAAGGCCGCCAGCCUGUGCUACCUGCUGUCCAACGAAGGCACCAUAUCGCUCCCCUGCCAGACGUUUUACCAAAUUUGCCAUGAAACAGUAGGAAGGUUUAUCCAGUAUGGCAUUCUCGUAGUGGCAGAGCAAGAUGACCAGGAAGAUAUUAGUCCUGGUCUUGCUGAGCAGCAGUGGGACAAGAAGCUUCCUGAGCCUUUGUCUUGGAGGAGUGACGAAGAAGAUGAAGACAGUGACUUUGGUGAGGAGCAGCGAGAUUGCUACCUGAAGGUGAGCCAGUCCAAGGAGCACCAGCAGUUCAUCACCUUCUUACAGAGGCUUCUCGGGCCUUUGCUGGAGGCCUACAGCUCCGCCGCCAUCUUCGUGCACAACUUCAGCGGUCCGGUUCCCGAGCCUGAGUAUCUGCAGAAGUUGCACAAGUACCUGGUCACCAGAACGGAGCGAAGCGUUGCCGUAUACGCUGAGAGUGCCACGUACUGCCUUGUGAAGAAUGCUGUGAAAAUGUUUAAGGAUAUCGGGGUUUUCAAAGAGACCAAACAAAAGAGAGUGUCUGUUUUAGAACUCAGCAGCACGUUUCUACCUCAGGGCAACCGGCAAAAGCUCCUCGAGUACAUUCUGAGUUUCGUGGUGCUAUAGGUCACUCCUAGGACCUCUGGCAAGUGGGGGGCCUCGGACGAGUCCCUCGCGGGCUCCGGCCUCUGGCUCGCGAGCUGAAGGUGCCGGAGUGUGGGCAGGCCUGCCCUGUCCUGCUGUGACGUGCUGGAAGACAAGUGCCUUCCCCCCCACGGGGCUGUGCUUACCCCUACUCCGAGAUGACACGGCGGUGUCCGUGUGGCGCUUGGGGGCCCCUGGCCUCCGCUUGCAACUCGUCGUCGGUAGAUGACACAGUGAAAUCUCAAAAAAUUAUUUUGAUGUUUAUCAAAGAUUUCCCUUGUAAGUAUAACCGUUAAGGACUAAGUUACUGUGAUGGGCACAAAAAUGUAGAUUCAUUCUAGAACCGAAUCUUAUGUAGCACACUUAAUACUGUCAGAUAAUUUGUCGGUAUAUUUUCUGAUUAACGGUUAAUGCUUCCUUUAAACAUAAUUGAGUCAUCCGUUCACUGUUUUUUUGUUUUGUUUUGUUUUUUUAGUUUUAUCUUUGUCAAUAGUAGCUAAAUUUUAAAGGGGACACCUUUCAUCCCAAAGUGCUUUACAAACGAAUGGGCUGAUCUGUAUCACAUCCAGGUAUCACUGUGCUGUCCUUUGCAGUCAGAUUUAGAAAGUGUUUGAAGAGCUACCUGAAAACACAAUAUUAGUUUAGGUCAGAAAUAGAGCUAAUGGGAUCAAACAGUUAACAUCAGGAGGUAAAUUUGGCCAGAACACAGACUUUGAACUUUUGCUCAUAUAAAAAAGUGCCGUUGAGUUUUAAAUGACCAGCAAGUAUUUAGGAGCGACUCCUGUUUCAUGUCUGUACCCCUUCGCGCCCCUCAGGUGGCACCUGCCUCUCACAGGUACAGCGGUUUCUGGGAGGUUCUCGGUAGACUGCGUGAGUGGGAAGUGCUGUGGCUAGAGGCUGCUGACCCGGGGCUCUCACGUACCGUGUACAGGUUGCACCCUGCAGCCAGUCUGUGUGACUGGGGCCCUCUCAAAUUGUGUGGCGUACAGCCGUGUGCCACGUGGGUGGUAGCCCUGUCGACUGCUCAGUGGUUGGAGGCAGUUCGUGAUUCUUAGCUGUGAGGAAAAACCAUGGUUUUCUAAAAACGUGUAUGGGUUACAUGCCUAAACCCAAUGCCACAUAGUGGCAAAUUAUUAUGAAAAAUUGUCCGUUCAUAAUGGGUACGUGCCUUCUUAUGAGCAGGGGGCAUAACUGUUCAUUGUAAUUAUGGUGAUUUCAUAAAGAUCAUGUGAUAUUGAAACAUUUUCUAACAGCUUAUUCCUUCUCUCCACGGUUAUUACGGAAUUAGGAAUUUUUCCUGAUGAAUAUUGUGUAUAGUCUUUGAAUGGAAAGUACUGAGAAUUAAGUUUGUACUUUUAUAAGCUUGGACUUGAAACACUAAUGGUAUCUCAUGGAUAUCCUGUGUCUGUCGGGAACUGAGUGGUAUCACGUCAUAUGAAGGAUCUCGUCUGAAACUCAUAGCAAUAAUGCUGAGCUGGUAUGAGCUUUUUCCAGUCUUCUCAAAUUCCAUGUUUAAAAUCUAUUUGUUCUUUAUAGGAAUUCACAUACCCUUAAGCCACUGUCAGUGUUGUCACGGCCCUGGUGUGGAGCAGGGUCUCUGCCUGGUAUCCCUCCAUUGCACAGACGGGGGGGGACAGAGGAACACUUCUUCUAUUGGCUGGAGCUGUGCAUGUGGGGGAACACCCAGGGAGACUUAUUUAUCCCCGGGGGUGUUCCUUUCCUGGGCGGGCAGUCACUACACUAAUCUCUCUCAUUCUCCCUCUAGAUUACAGAUCAUGGGUUGCUCACGUUCUCUCUUAGCUACCUGGGAAGUCAAGGUUGGGACUGAUUUCGAGUGGUCUGUGCUGUCCCACCUGUGACUUCUGCUAAGAGCUGCCGCUUUGCCAGCCUGAGCAGGGAACAGUGGCUUCCCUGGCUUUAUUUUCCUUUUCCGUUGGUUCGUUUUCUAGAAAUAUAAUCAGAUGCUUUGGGGAAUGCAAUGUAUGAUUUGCUAGCUCUCUUGCAACUUCACUCACUGUGAGAAUAAAUAUGCAUGCUUUUUGUAAUUAACUGGUGCUUUGAAAACCUUUUUUAAGGAAGAAAAAUCUCAACCAAAGUUAUGCUCAUCCAGACAAGCUGACCCUGAGUUAAUUUUAGCACAACUCAUUCUUCAGUGCCUCAUUACUGAAAAAAACAUACAUCAUCACAGUAAGGCUUCCAGUUAGCACUGUUUUGCUUAAAGAUUUAUUCUCACUGUUUUCCAAAAGCGAAUGGCUUCCAUGUUAAGAUUAUACAAACUAGGUGCUUGUAAAUAAUUUAUUACAGUUUACUCUACUGCAUUUCUGUAAAACUGAAAUGCAUGCCCUCCAGGGGAAGACUGUGAGUCAAAUUAAAAAACAAACAAAAUCCAAUAAUAAGCACUAUGAAUCUGCACGCUUUCCAACCGAGAAUGUCCUAAGUGAUUUCAGAAAAGAGGAAGGAUUUUUUGCUCCCUUAAAUUUCAAGAAAAGCAAAGGGAAGGAACUCGUGUGAGACGUGUAGAACUAGUAAAAGAGAAAGUACUCCCAAGUCCUCCUUCUCAGAUCUGUUCAGUCUCUCGAAGUCAUGAGGAUGAGUGGAGAAAAUACAUCAGGUAUUGCCACGAAAUGUAGACACAGAGUGUGGAACUUCCCGGCACCUGAAGGGGAAAAGCAUUUCCCGUGGUUCUCCAUGGAACCUCAGUGUUCUGUGAGGUGUUCACAGGUGUCUUGUAGAAGACGUGUUGCUGGUAAAUGUGUACAUGGACCCUCUUUUUUAGAUACAGCGUGCUCUAGCUCGGUGUAGGCUCAGGGCGUGCCAGGCCCAAGCCUGUUUAACCCAGCGUUUCCCAACUGUUGUGACCCCAGGACCUCUUUCCUCCUUGGCGUCCCUAUGAACCUCUCACUAGUAUGCCAUGGAAAACAUUUUGGGAAGCGCUACGUUCGAUAGUUCUGUAAGGGGACAAAACAAGACGGCAGGGAGGCAGAAUUUGCAGGCAUUUUGUACGAUCACCUGUUAUAGUUAGUGGAUGUAUGUUUCCCCCCCUGGAGAUGAUAAGCACAGAAAACUGUAAUAUAGGAGGUCAGGUCUCUUUCCUUUGAUGGAGAGAUCAGCCGUCCAUGAUCCUGGGUUUUUCCCUGAAAGUAAUUAACACAAGGAUUAACUGGGGUAAAUAAUUAAAAUUUUAAUACAGAUCUAGAAGAAAAUAUUCACAACUGAAUGCAGAUUUUUAUCCACAGAUAGUUCUAGUGUUUAGAAAUGAUAAGACCUAUCAUUGAAGUUUAUAAGACUUAAUUUGGAUGUAAAUCUGUUUUUUAAAACACUCUUUUUAGGAACUUGAGACUUGGCAUCUGGCGUUCUAGUUUAAUACUAACUAAUGAUUGCAUUUGACAGAAUUUUGACUUUAUUUCUAAACAUCUGAAUCUCUGAAAUGCCUUGAUGGAAGGUGUUAUUUUCCUGUUGUACAAAGAAAUGUUAAAUUGUUGUAAAAAGAAUUACUAUAAAGUACUGUGAAAUAAAGCGUGAUUUUGUUAGUGAAA